GUGGAGUGUCUCUCUGAGGUGCUGCUUUCGCUCAGAGUGCUCUGCGUCACGCAGAGGGGACCGACAGGUUUGGAACCUCGAGCAGUUUUGUUUCUGAUGAUUUACGAACUCUGAUGGGAAGAAAUAUGUCUGUGACAAGAGAGAAAGUGGAAGAGGCAUUAAGCCAGUAUGUCACACAAACCCUCACCCACAUUGAGACGGUGACUGAAUUCCUGGAUAAGAUCUCCAAAUGGAUGCUCCAGAGGGAGACAGAACUCAACAUGAUGAUAGACAUCAAUGACAGGGCUACUGGCCCCGUUUCCCAAUCAGAAGGCAAAUGGGCGGCUUUUGUGGCAUAUAUGAAGCACAGUUUUAACCAAAUUAAUGCAGAGGAAAGGCAUGCUAAGCUGUCGGAGGAGCUUGCUGUGGUGGUGAAGCACGUCCUAGAAGGGCUGGAGGAGCUCGACUGCUUCCUGGAUGCAGUGGAGAGGCUGGCGGUCACCUCGCGACACAUCUUCAUGGAGGACAACCAGGUGUUAGAUCUGCCAGAAAGGAUCAGAUGUGAAGACAUUUGUGACAUCAUUACUGCUGCAGGUCUCGUGUGUCCACUCCUUCUCCAGUUUCAAAGAGACGCAAAUGUCUUCUUCAGUCCCAACCUUCACACUGUGGUCGUGCUCAUUUAUCAGCUGAACAAGUACAUACAGACUACCCAGAAAAUCUGCACAAGAAUGAAGAAAAGCUGUACCUGCAACUUUUCCACGAGGACGUCAACAAAAACGUUGGUCAGUCUCACUGUGGAUUUAUCAGAAGAUGAACUACAAUGGAUGCUUUCUCGCAUUGAUCUUCUUACGAACAUCAGGUUGGAUCAGCACUUUCAACUUGGCUUCAUGUUCCAGGUUGAAGAGUCUCAGUGCUCCUUCAUCAGCGAGUUCAGCCAGCGAGAACCCAGAAUGCUCCAGUUUCUACAGGACCUGGAGGAGAGCGCUGUUCAACUUGACAAGAUGAAGAAGGGCGCAAAGAUCUCCAGUGUUGCAGGCAGCUCAAUCGGUGCAGUUGGUGGCGUGUUUUCCAUUGUUGGUUUGGCGUUGAUUCCUUUCACAGCAGGAGCAUCAUUGGCUUUGACAAUGACUGGAGUUGGGUUGGGUGUUACUAGUGCUGUUAACAGCACUGUAACCACAGCCACAGAGAUCGGAGUCAAUCGCAAGCACACAAAAAAAUCUCAUGAAGUCUUUGAGAGUUUCAUGGAGGAUGUACAGGCUCUCCAGAGGUGCCUGGAGGAGGUGUACACUGAAGCUGAAAAAAGAAUGGAAGAAAGUCCGAUUGGACCAGUGACUGUGGGAGUCGUGAAGGUGGUGGCGAACACUAGUGCUAUUGGAAGAGGCAUUGAUUUACUUGUUGAUGCUGCCUCUGCAGCUAAAGUCCUCAGAAAUGAAAAGGCAAUUGAAAAUGCAGCAAAAGUGGCAGCUAUCGAAGGUAAAACAGUUAGUAACGUGGCCACAGAUAUCCCAGAGAUCGGACAGGCGGCACUCAAAGGGCCCUUCGCCCUCUCCAAGACUGCCAGGGUUAGUUUUAUUGCACUCAAUGCUCUCUUCCUUGGCAUGGAUGUCUUCUUUAUUUGCAAAGACAGCAUCAGCUUGGCCAAAGGCAUUGAGAGCGAAGUGUCCCAGUUCAUCCGAGCCAGAUCUGCACUUUGGCGUUCCGAGAUGGACUCAUGGAAAAAGAUCUGUGAGUCUCUGUGCCAGUGUCUGCUGACGUCAGAGAAGAACAAAGCUAUACUGGAGAUGCCAUUUUAUCCCAAACAGAAGAAAAAUAAACCCAGAGAAACAAAAGUAAAAUUUCCAAACAAUAACGUGGAUGAAACUAAUGAAGAAAUUGAGUUGUGUGUUGUUCAGUAGCCGUUAAUGCCCAGUUUUGUGUUUGAGGUAAUCCUCAUCCUGUCAGUUCAGGUCCUCUUUAUUAAUGUAGUCCAGCAUCAUAAAAUGUCUCAGUGGCCUUUACUCUGGCCACAAUAUAUGAUUUCCCUAUGGGGUCCCUCAAAAUCCAAAUUGAAUGAGAUCUUCAAGGACUAACAAGUUCAACAAACCAACAAACAAAAAAAAACGUUCAAUAUGGCUUGGUAGAUCGCAAUACACUGUCAACUUUAAAAGUAGAUCUUGGGUCAAACA